GGAAGCGAAUUCUCCACCCCCACUCCCCCCUCCCCCCGCACCUGACCGCUCAAAAAAAUGGCGGCCUCUCCUCCGUCUCCCUGGGUUCGCCUUAACGUUGGCGGAACGUUGUUCGUCACCACGAAACAGACGUUGUGCCGGGACCCCAAGUCCUUUCUCUACAGACUCUGCCAAGACGACCCUGACCUGGACUCGGAUAAGGACGAGACAGGAGCGUUCCUCAUUGACAGGGACCCCACAUACUUUGGUCCCGUGCUCAACUACUUGAGGCAUGGCAAGCUGGUGAUGGACAAGGAGCUGGCCGAGGAGGGCGUUCUUGAGGAGGCAGAGUUCUACAACAUCACCUCCCUCAUCCGCCUCGUCAAGGAGCGAGUUCGAGACAGGGACACACGCUCCUCACAG